AUGACCCGUUGUACCUGCAUUCUGCCGUGCGACUGCGUGGCGGCCAACGUCAUCGCCGACUCUCUUGGCGCGGCGCCAGAAUAUCUCCACAAAGAGUUUGUUUUCCUCGAAAGCUUCAAGUGGUUCAAACACCGAAAAUGGCCGCGAAAACAAGAGUUUCCGUCGAUUUCAGUGCCGAACGUUGGAGUUCUGCCGCCCAGUUGUACGAGGAGAUGACCCACGAAGUUUUGGAAGACGCUACGUUUCGCGCCAGAUGCCGCAGUCGUUGGUUUUUUCUCUUUAUUACAUCUUAUGAGUCCAUUAUUCAUGAUAGAGAGGGGCGAAAAUGGGUAUAUUAUUCAAAAAAUGAGCUUGUAAGUCCAAAAAGAAUAAAAAAUAAGCUUAAUUCCAAAAAAAAGAGCUUGUAAGUCCAUUUUUCGCGACUUGAAAUUUCUGUUUUUCUCUGCACCCUCCUCGUCUCUCAGCGACUCUCUCAUUUCGACGUGCUCUUUUCCUCACUGCCUGAGUCGGAAGUGCAAAAAACGGGUGCAAAAAGGGCGCUAAAAGGGUUCCGUUUUGCAGCCUUUAUUGAGCCUUUUUUCUUUGGGGGUUAAAAAGCUUCAAAAAAGGGUGCAAAAAGGGUGCCUUAAGUCUCGGCCAUUGAUGAUUUCCGACUUUAUUACUGUAGCACAAUUUAGUUCAUACACAGUCACUGGUAAAGAUUUUUCUCAACUUAAAAGUUUUGCGUUUCUCAAAGGGUCCAAAAAGGGUGGAAAAAAGGUCAUGAAAGGACGGAAAAAGGCAGUAAAAAGGAAACCGUUGCCAGCCGUUUAGGAGCAAUUAAUUCACCUUUUUGCACCCAAAAUGGACGCUCAAAGGGUCCGGAAAGGGUCUUGUCGACUUUGCCUACGAAUAAUUUAUAAAAAAAUCAAAAAAAAUCAUGAAAAAAACGGGGAAAUUAGGUUUCAGGUUUGAUAUAUAAAGAAAUCGACAUCACGCUCAAUAUUUUUGGAAUAAGGUAUGCAAAAAAAUUACUGAUUCUGUUCACAAACCACAAAAAAAAAAGAAAUUGAGUUUCUUUGAAUACUAUUUAGAUGUUUAUUUUAGAGUUUGAAAAUACCAUUUCUAGUAGUUCCACUUUCAUUCAGAAUAAUUUAAGCCCAAAAUUUCCAGAACACCAUUCCCCGGAACGUCCCCACAAAGUCGGAAGAGAGAAAAGACUAUCACACAGUCAUCACUUGAUAGGAGGAAGUCAAGAAGCUCUCUAUUUCACUUCGAAUCGGACCGUCGGGUUAGUUUAUUCGUUCAGUGUUUCAUUACUGUUGGAAUUGGAAAAAAAAAGUCCAUAAUUUAUUUGAAUUCCGUGAUAUCCUGGAACAUAUAGACGAUUCACGGCUAGCUUGGGACGCAAAAAGGGAUGGCCUGUCAACACUCUCCGCCAACUAGGGCACUAUCUCGUCUCUUUUCGUGGCAGGACCCUUUUCUCGAUGGCUCAAGCCAGCCGUGAAUCAGCUAUAUAUUCUCUUCUAACUUUAGCCAUUCCAAAUGCCGCCAUUUUCUAUUUGAAUGCCUAG